AUGAGAAACCAUACAUCAUUACCUAUAUUCAUUCUCCUGGGGCUAACAGAUGAUCCUCCAAUGCAGGUUCUGAUUUUUAUGUUUCUAUUUGCUUCCUAUACACUGAGUGUCACUGGGAACCUGACCAUCAUUAUACUCACUUUAGUAGACUCUCGCCUUAAAACUGCCAUGUACUUUUUUCUCAAAAACUUCUCCUUUUUAGAAACAUUAUUCACCACGGUCUGCAUUCCCAGAUUCUUAUACAGCUUAUCAACUGGAGACAAGAAUAUUUCUUAUAAUGCUUGUUUUAGUCAAAUAUUUCUUAUCUUUGUUUUUGCAGCAACAGAAUUUUUUCUCCUAGCCAUCAUGUCCUAUGACCGCUAUGUGGCCAUCUGCAAACCUUUACAUUAUGCAACCAUCAUGAACAUUAGAGUCUGUGGAAGACUUGUUAUUUGCUGUUGGAUAGCAGGUUGUCUGGUCAUAUUUCCACCAGCUUCUCUGGGCUUACAGCUGGAAUUCUGUGACUCAAAUAUCAUUGAUCAUUUCUUCUGUGAUGCUUUUCCUGUGCUAAAAAUCUCUUGUUCAGACACAUGGUUCCUAGAACAGAUGGUUUUUACCGUUGCUGUGUUGACUGUCAUUGGGACACUCCUGUGUGUAGUUCUGUCUUAUACAUAUAUCAUCAAGACCAUCAUAAAGUUGCCUUCGACUCAGCAAAAAAUGAAGGCCUUUUCUACCUGCUCUUCUCACCUGAUUGUGGUUUCUAUCACCUAUGGAAGCUGUAUCUUCAUCUAUGUCAAACCUUCAUCAAAGGAUGAAGUGGAGAUUAAUAAGUGUGUGUUAGUGCUUACUACUUCAGUUGCUCCCAUGUUAAACCCAUUUAUUUAUAGCCUGAGAAACAAACAAGUAAAACAAGCUUUUACAGACUUAAUCAAAAGAAUUUCUUUGGUUUUAAGGAAAUAA